CACUCUCCAAUUAAAUUUAGACUCCAACCUCAGCGAGCUGUGCCUGUCCCCAUCCCCAUCCUAUCCCCAUCUCCAUUGCCACUGUCGAUUGCCACCAUGCCCAUCUCCAUUGUGCCCUCCUAGUGCCACAUUUUUCACCUCUUUAGCAGAGAGAGCAGUGCUAGCACUGGAAAACCGCACUGCUUUUUCAGAUAUUUCCUUUUAUUUUUAUUUUUUUGUGGCUUUUCCUGGCCCAAGGCAGCGCUGGCUGAAAGCCGUGGCCAGCCCUGUUUGUCCCCUGUAAUUACGACUGCAGGGACACCAUGGGCAGCUGUGCCUUUGGGGAUGGGAAUAGGGUGGCCUCUGGGGGCACCAGGGCCACUGGACCCCUGGGCAGCCACAGGGACCUCUCUGCCCCACUCAGAUGUGGGAACAGCAUGAGCUGUUCCCCGAAACAUCCAUGCUGAUGUGGGGAUGGAGGUGAGGACAGAAAUUAGCAUGGUCCAACCUGCACUGACGGGAAGCGCCGUGUCCCCAGCCCAUGUCACCCCAUGGGAGGCUGGGGCCAUGUGGUGGUCUCACUGCGGUUCUGUCCUGUGUGGUCUCUUCUUCACGCUGCAGAAAUGGACGUCUCCAGGCAGUCUCCUCUGCUAGCAAUCUCAGCCUUCUCUCUGUCGAUGCUUUCGCCCAAGGGACUGUGGUGCUGAAGAGCCGGCACCGGUACUACCUGUACCGCUACGCCUACCCGCCGCUGCAUCGCUACAAGGGCAGUGACUCCUCGGAGGAAGAGGGGGAUGGCUCAGAGGAGGAGGAGGAAGGGGGGGCACCGUCCCAUGCAGGUACACAGGCAGCAGGCGAGGGGCUGACCCCCGGGGAUGUGGGGCCAGGGGGUGAUGCUGCAUCCCCCCAUCAGGGCUGCAAAGGGGGCCAGAAGGGCACACGGGGGGACUCAGGCGAUGAGGACAGUGAUGAGGAAGAGGAGGAGGAGGAGGAGGAGGAGGAGGAGGAAGAGGUAGAGGAGCAGGAUGCCAGUGUCAAUGGGACCAGCACCAACACCACGGCAGAGGCACCCCAUGGGAAUAGCACCGCGGCGGCUGAGGAGGAGGAAGAUGAUGAUGAGGAGGAGGAAGAGGAAGAAGAAGAGGAGGAGGAAGCUGAAGCCACCACCGCUGCUGCCACCACUGCGCAGGAUGAGGCAACCACCCUGGGCGAUGAGCAGCGCUCUGAGGCCACUACGGCUGGGGAGCAGUGGGAGUACGAGGUGACGGUGGGGGCCCGUGGGGACGAGGGUCCCACUGAGGGCAACUAUGGAGACCAGGAGGGGCCAGCACGUGGGGACAGCUACCGCGCCUACGAAGAUGAGUAUGGCUACUACAAGGGGCAUGGCUAUGACAUCUACGGGCAGGAUUACUACUACAGCCAGUGAGCGGGUGGUGGAAUGCGCAACACCGCGCUGGCCUGGGUAUUGUCAUCCAUGUAUCGUAGAAACGCAAUAAAGCAACGAGUGGAGCUCGCGCACCUGG